AUGGUCUUCAAUCCAUCAUUCAGGAAUAUAGUUUUGACUAUAGGUAUUAUAUUCGAGGUUCAAGCCAUUCCAGCACUGUAUGAUGGUGAAGCUGACAGAGGGGAGCUAAGGGAUGAUAUUCCUGAAAUAAAUCUUGAACUGUUUGAGGGGGAUAUUGCUGGUGAUCCAAAACGAAAUGCAAUAUUGGAUGAGACUGCAAGAUGGAAGUUUCCCAUACCUUACAUAUUAACCGAUUCAUUGGAUCUGAAUGCAAAAGGCGUGAUUCUCCAAGCAUUUGAAAUGUACCGUCUGAAAUCGUGCGUAGACUUCAAACCCUACGAAGGAGAGCAGACAUACCUUUCCUUCACGAAACUGAGCGGAUGUUGGUCGUUUGUCGGAGAUUUGCACGAGGGCCAAAACCUUUCCAUUGGUGCGAGGUGUGACAGCAAGGCCAUCGUUGAACACGAGCUUCUACACGCGCUGGGAUUUUAUCACGAGCAAUCCAGAUCAGACCGAGAUGAUUAUGUCAAAAUCUGGUGGGAUCAAAUCAUUCCUGGAAAAGAGCACAGCUUCAACAAAUAUGAGGACGACUUCAUCACUGACGUAAACACACCCUAUGACUAUGAAUCAAUAAUGCACUACAGGCCCCUCUCAUUCAACAAGAAUGAAACCGUACCCACCAUAACCACGACCAUUCCGUCCUUCAACGACAUCAUCGGCCAGCGUCUGGACUUCAGCGCCGUUGACCUGGUCCGGCUCAACCGCGUGUACAAGUGCCCCUCCACGGUAACCCUCUUGGACCAGUGCUCCUUUGAGCAGAUCAAUAUAUGUGGCAUGAUUCAGGGUGAAGAGGAUGAUGCUGACUGGGUCCAGACACUGAGCACCUCUGGGUCAGAGGAUCAAACCCUGGUGGGGCGGUGCAGAGAUGCUGGAUAUUUCAUGCAGUUCAAAACCUCGGGGUUGGAAGCGGGUAAAAGUGCUGUCCUGGAGUCUCGUAUUCUGUACCCCAAGAGAAGCCAGCAGUGCCUUCAGUUCUUCUACAAGACAACGGGAAACUCCAACAACAUGCUUGUCAUCUGGACCAAAACAGACGAUGGGACAGGGGACGUCCGUAGACUCAAGAAAGUGCACACAAUCAUAGGCGACGGAGAUGAAUCCUGGAAGAUUGCUCACGUGACGCUUAACAGCAAGGACAAAUUCCGCUAUGUCUUCCAGGGCAUCGCUGGCCAGAACGCAGGCGGUGGAAUUCUCGUCGAUGACGUAACCUUGUCCGAGGCUCGUUGCCCCAGCAACGUCUGGCAAAUCCGCAACUUCACCGGCCUGAUCCGAUCCACUCCCAACGGCCAGGCUAUUGUCAGUUCACCGGUGUACAGCACGGAGGGCUACGGUUACGGAGUUAGUGUGUAUCCCAAUGGUAACGCCAUCUCAGAGGUGGGCUACGUGAGCGUAUAUUUCCACCUGGUCAGCACGGAGAAUGACGGAGUUCUGGAGUGGCCCGCUUUGAACAGGCAGGCCACCAUAAUCGCCAUGGAUCAGGAUCCGGAUGUGCGGCUUAGAAUGUCGGCCAGCGGGAGCUUCACCACGGAAUUGAGUCCGAAUUGGGAAAAACCAGGUUCCGGAGGAACGUGGGUUGAAUCCUGCCAGUGCUACUGGGGGACGGGAUUAGGAUGGAGUACAUUUAUUUCACACAAGCAGCUCAUGAGGAGAAGUUUCCUGAAGAAUGAUGACCUUAUUAUAACCUCUGACUUUGAAGAUCUGAGCCAUCUGGUGAAGUCAGAGGUUCCUGUCAGGCCAAAACCUGCCCGUCCUCUCCAGGACGGGCCGGUGGACCCCGCUGAGGUCCCGAAAUGGCGAGAGGCACGCUCUGUUAUCGCCGACCCGUGUCGACCCAAUCCCUGUCUGAACGGGGGGGUGUGUGUUGAGCAAAAUGGGCGGGCUUCAUGCAGAUGUGCAUCGAGUCAGGCCACUUUCUACACGGGUGCCAUCUGUGAGAAACAGCGGAUUGAAGGGAACGUCCUUGGGGUGCUGAUUGGUGGUGCUGCUGGCACAGUUGCUUUGACAGUGGCCAUUAUCGCAGUCAUCCGGAGAAAACGCUGAGGCUUGUUAACACAUUGCGUAUGUCACUUUUAACAGUGCCAUUUUCUUCAAACAAGAUAUCAUAAUUUUAUUGAUACAAUUGUUUUC